UCUUAGAUUUGAAAGAGUUAUAGGCCAAACUUCCAUGGAUCUCUCCUUUUUCCUCCUGCAUCAACUCGACUCCCCAUUCAACCAAUAUUCCAUUUUAGCGCUCCUGCUUCCUCUCCUCCUCAGUUACGUAUUGCUGAUUAAAUGGAGGACAUGGAAGAAAUCAACACUCAGACUUCCUCCCGGACCAUGGCCGCUGCCAAUCAUCGGCAACCUGCAUCAGCUCGGCACAAGCUCCCUUCACCGCUCCCUCCACCUCCUCUCCCUAAAAGACGGCCCCCUUAUGCUUCUUAAGCUCGGCAGGUUCCGGGUCUGCGUCGUGUCGUCCGCGAAACUGGCCGAGGAAGUCAUGAAGGUCCACGACCUCACCUUCGUCAACAGGCCGCAGCAGGUCAGCACCUCAGCCAUUUCCUACGGAGGCUCGGACAUCGCCUUUCAACCCUAUUGCCAGACAUGGCGUCACCUUAAGAAGAUAGCCACCCUGCAACUCCUGAGCUCCAAGAAGGUGCCCUCCUUCAAAUCGGUGAGAGAGGAAGAAGUCGGCAUGUUGCUCCGGGCCAUCUCCACCUCCGGUGGUCCUGUGAAUCUGAGUGAGCUGUUGUUUUCUCUCUCUAGCAACAUAAUCUGCAGGAUCGCCUUUGGUAAGAAGUAUAAUCCGGAGGAAGAAGGACAUGGGAAGAGCAGGUUUCAGGAUGCACUGAAGACUUUCCAAGCCAUGCUUGGGGCUUUUUUCGUGGGGGAUUUCUUCCCAUCCUUGAAGUGGGUAGACUGGCUUACUGGUCUCCAUGGCCAGUUACUGAGUAACUUCCACGAUUUGGAUCAUUUCUACGAUGAAGUGAUCAGAGACCACAGCGAUCCACGGAGGCGACCAGAGCAACAGGACUUCGUUGAUUCUCUGCUUGAUGUACAGAAGGACCGAAGUGAGGAUGUCUUCCUCACGGUGAACAACAUCAAAGGGAUGCUCAUGGAUAUAUUCGUCGGUGGAACCGACACUGCAUGUGCGACCUUGGUUUGGGCGAUGGCUGAGCUGAUGAGAAAGCCCGAGGCCAUGAAAAAACUGCAACAUGAGCUCAGACUUGCACUGAAAACAAAGGACAUGGUAGAAGAAAAUGACCUUCACCAAUUACUGUAUCUUAAGUUGGUGAUAAAGGAGACCUUAAGGCAGCACCCACCACUUCCAUUGCUGGUUCCUCGAGUAUCUUCUCAAGAGUGUAAUGUCGGUGGGUACUCCAUUCCUGCCAAAACGAGGGUCAUUGUGAAUGCGUGGGCAAUUGGGAGGGACCCCAAUUCAUGGCAGAACCCAGAAGAAUUCAUACCAGAGAGAUUCGUUAACUGUCAUUUCGACUACAAGGGUCAAAACUUCGAGUUCAUACCAUUUGGAUCGGGGAGACGGAUGUGCCCAGGACAUCAUUUUGCAAUGGCGGUAGUGGAGCUUGUGCUUGCUAAUCUUAUAUACUGCUUCGAUUGGGAGCUGCCGUGCGGGAAGCUUCUAGAAGACAUCGACAUGAUUGAAGCUCCAGGCUCGACUGUGCACAAAAGAGAUGCGCUGGUUCUCCUUGCCAAGCGUUUUUCACGAUCGAAGUGAAGGACUUUGUAUUUGGCGUAGCAUAAAAUGGGACUAGCUAGUGUAACUAAGUUAAUGUGGUGUUCCAAAACAUCUAAAAAUAUUUGGGAUUUUUAAAUCCUAAUAAUAUAUGGACUAUGAAGCUUGCGU